GAUACUUUCAAGUCAGGUCCCUGUGACUCAGAUCUCUUUCGAGCCCAUUUCUCGGAAGCUUCGACACACCACAAUCAAAACUUUUGGCAUCUGCGGGGAAGCAAAUACGUUCGCAUUAGAUUUCUGCUUGGCAAAUUCUCAACGUUCCGAAUCCCUCAAAAUGUCUUCGACCGCGGUCGUGCACGGCGACGAUCUCAUGGAGCCAACGCUCCAGUCCAUUCUCAGCCAGAAGACCUUGCGGUGGAUUUUUGUUGGUGGUAAAGGAGGUGUCGGGAAGACAACGACAUCAUGCUCGCUCGCAAUCCAGCUCGCGAAAGUCCGCAAAUCCGUCCUGCUCAUCUCGACCGACCCCGCACACAACCUGAGCGACGCCUUCGGGCAGAAGUUCGGAAAGGAGGCCAGGCUGGUCGAUGGGUACUCCAACCUUAGCGCUAUGGAAAUUGAUCCGAACGGCAGCAUCCAGGAUCUCCUUGCCAGCGGAGAGUCGCAGGGCGAUGAUCCCAUGGCCGGACUGGGUAUGGGUAAUAUGAUGCAGGAUCUGGCUUUCAGCAUUCCCGGUGUCGACGAAGCCAUGUCCUUCGCUGAAGUCUUGAAGCAAGUCAAGUCUCUGUCGUAUGAGGUUAUUGUGUUCGACACUGCGCCAACCGGACACACCCUUCGUUUCCUUCAGUUCCCUACCGUCCUUGAGAAGGCCCUCGCGAAGCUCUCUCAGCUAUCGUCCCAAUUCGGGCCAAUGCUGAACUCGAUCCUGGGUGCUCGUGGCGGCCUCCCAGGCGGACAGAGUAUCGACGAGCUUCUCCAAAAGAUGGAGUCUCUGCGGGAGACUAUUAGCGAGGUGAAUACGCAGUUCAAGAACCCCGACAUGACCACCUUCGUGUGUGUCUGCAUCGCCGAAUUCCUGUCACUGUACGAGACCGAGCGUAUGAUCCAGGAGCUCACGAGCUACGGUAUCGAUACCCAUGCCAUCGUGGUCAACCAGCUUCUGUUCCCCAAGGAAGGAAGCGGAUGCGAGCAGUGCAAUGCUCGCAGGAAGAUGCAGAAGAAGUACCUCGAGCAGAUCGAAGAGCUUUACGAAGACUUCAACGUUGUCCGGAUGCCAUUACUGGUUGAGGAAGUUAGAGGAAAGGAGAAGCUCGAAAAGUUCAGCGAGAUGCUCGUGCACCCUUACGUUCCUCCCCAAUAGACUACUACCCUAAACAUGUUGUUGUAUCCAUAUGAGAGGCGUAAGAGAUAUAGUCGGGACGAGUUACGAAAUGAAUAGACCAUAAUGAUUUGAGAUCAUACUGCGUUCUAUACGCAGGUUCACCUUCCUAUUCAGUCAACUGCUUCUGA